AUGGGGCUGUGCUCAUCGACGACGCAUGGGGUACGGUGGGAGGACCGUUGGGGCAGUCCAGGCUGUAAGAAAACUCUCCAUCAGUUUUGCGACCACAAGAUGAAGAAGGGCCAAGCUAUCGUGACCGGAACCAGUGCGUCCAAGGCAGGAGGCGGGCCGGCAAGAUCAUCGACUAGUUCCAAGGUUCUGCGCGGCGUGAGCAAGGACGGAGAGUUUCGCAACUGGGCUGCCACCGUGCAGACGGCCCCUGCCAAGGUGUUGAAACCCAAGAGCAUCCGGGACGUCCAAGAGAUCCUUUCGGAGGCGCGCUGUCGGAACCCGAUGCCGAAGAUAAGGUGCGUGGGGUCUGGACACUCGUGGACUCAUCUGUUUGCAGAUGACGGUUCAUGGGUGCUGGAUACAAGCGGCAUCAACGACAUCGUUUGGAGCUCGGACUGCCCCACGCAGGUGACCAUCGGACCGGGGGUCACGCCGGGUCAACUGGGGACGUACAUGGACUCAAAGGAACGCGGCAAGUGGCGAGGCUUGUUCCUGCCGUCGGACGUGGUGCUGGAAUCGGUUACCUACGGCGGCACGAUUAGCUCAGCCUGCCAUGGCACCGGGAAGACGCAGACCCUGCCGGACUACGUGAUCAAGAUGAGCUUCAUCAAGUGGGACGGUACACAGGUGGACCUCAGCAGGGCGGAAGACCCGACCGGAUUUGCCAUCUGUGUCGCAAGUUUCGGGCUUGUCGGGGUAAUUGUUGGGUUCACCCUCCAGCUAGACGGCGACAACAAGGCCAUUCGAGUGACGGACUCCAAGGUGAGGGCGAGAGACCUCUUCCUCGAGCACAACGAGCUGCCCAAGCCCGGCGGGCCGAACCCUCUGAGAGAAGCGUGGAACGGGGGCUACGCCGUCGAGGCCUUCUACCUCGCGGCCUCUAGUCUCAAGGUCACCAAUAUCCUCAGCACCGAGUUCGAGGAUCAGAGGUGGGAUCCGUACGACGACAUAUGCGCGAUCAAGACUUUCCAGCGCACCAACAGGGCCGUCAAGAAAGACAACGACAAGUUCCUGGGCUACGACCAAAAGACGUCUACUCGCUUCGACCGAAACUUCAGCAUUUCCGACUUCCUCAAGGUCAACCUUGGCACCGAAGUGGGACUGCCUCUGGUGGCCAAGUUCGGGGAUAAGCCAGCUUUGGUGGCGUUCUACUCCAGGACGGCCGCAAAGGCGUUCGAACCGGUUGGAAAGGAAUUCGGAAAAGUUCACUACGAAGUCUCACUCGCACAGGCAAUUCAUUGGCAGAAGUACAUCUCCGACGGCUACCCCACGUCGGACACGGAGGUGUGCAUCAAGUGCGACCCGGACUUCACCAGUGCGUACAAAGCGAUUCAUGCCGCGAUCGGCAUCACCAAGACGUUCGCGGAGGAGGAAGACACCCUCCCGCUAAACGUGGCCAUGGAGCUGAGGAUGACCAAGCACAGCAACAGCCCCUUGUCACCGGCCUACGGCAAGGAGGGAGACGUUUUCAUGUGGCUAGAGGUGCUGUCCGCGGCCGGCACUCCAAGGCUGAAGGACUUCACCACCAGAGUCGCCGAUGCUUGGCUUGCCAUCAGGCUCAAGGACGGUUCCCAGGCUGCCUACCCGCACUGGGCCAAGUGGAGCGACGCGUACGUCGCCGGAGCAGACGCCAAGAUAAAAAAGGCCUACGCCUCUCGGUUGCCCUACCUUCGGAACGCGUCGAGGCAGUUCGACCCGAACGGCGUCUUCGUCAACGACUUUUUCGCUAGGCUCUUCGCUCCUUGAUGGCUCGCUCUAGCGGGGAUUCCGGUUUGUGGUCGGUGGACACAGGAGACGGGCGACGUUUCAGGAGCGGUUCCCUUGCUACGUAGAAUGAAUGUCUCUUCAGCUAGCUGUUCGUGGGCCGGUUUUGCUUUGAGGCUUGUUGGUCGAUCCCAACAGCCUUUUCUGUCGAGAACUAUUUCGUCAACACCCUAUCACGCUGAAUCAACGCGGUUGGAGACCUUCGAUGCUGGCGGGAUUACAGUACAUCACAAAGAUGUUUUGCUCUUCGUCCUCUCCGCACUGCGUUCUUUCUGUUUCCUGGUGCGGGUUCGUUCGUGGGGGUUAACUACAAUAUUGUAUUAUAAUUUGGUUCAUAGGCAUUCAUACAUGUAGAGCGAGUAGAGUGAAAACAUCAUCAAAUAGGCACCAACACUUCCUAGCUUUCCUACGCACACGUGACGGGCGGUUUGCUCCCCGCAGCGUUGUUUGCGUUUAAUUCCUUGGUUCUUUGAGCCGCGUUGUCAGUAAGAGGUGGUAACCUUGUAUAUUCAGCGAUCGUUAGGUACGUGCUCAGCGGGUUUGUUGAUUUGACGUUUAUUCCUUGGGGGCUCGUCGAAGGGAGUGAUUUAUGUACUGCUGUAGGAUUCCGCUCCUCAAGUAUACUGCAGUCAAGUC